AUGGCUAAUGUGGCAGAGCAGCACUUGCCCGUUGUUCAAAAACCAAAACGUGCCAAUGUCCAGAUUGUGAAUGAGGCUACCUCAUUGAUGCCUUCUCAAAACAAAUCAGCAGAUCUUUCGCUUAGUCUAGAACCAACCGAGCGACGAAAGCAAUGGCUCGGGCUAAUUAUUAUGGGCAUGUCUGCAAUGUCAUUCUCAUGUAUGGCCAUGUUAGUCCGAAUCAGUGCCGUAUAUUUUUCGAUAGUAGAUAUCGUCCUGGCCCGUUCUGCUACUCAACUAGUACUGUCACUCGCAAGUUGUGCAGUGCUCGGGAUAAAUCCUCUUGGAAAAUACGGGGUUCGGAAAUGGCUUUUCUUCAGAGCUCUGGUGGGCUCCAUCGGCCUUAUCUUGUUUUUCUACAGUCUGACCCGCCUACCUAUGUUAGAAGCAACCUCUCUCUUCUUUCUAGGUCCGACAUUUACUGCCAUUGUUUCUUAUCUGGUAUUGAAUGAACCCUACACUUUAUUUGAUGGUGUUUGUUCUGUGGGAUGUUUGUUUGGAAUCAUACUAGUGUGGAAGCCAAAGUAUGCCUUGGGCCACCCGGUGGCUGAUCCUACUGCGGGUGUGUACAAUAUGGACCCGUCUCAAUUAGCUGAGGAUGAGAUGGCAAGGUCUUUUGCUAUCUUGUGCGCAGUUGCAGGAGCCAUAAUGUCAGCAAUUGCAUACAUUUCGGUCAGAAAAGUCGGCAAGGGAACUCACCUUAUGGUUCAUUCGGUGUAUUUUGCGGUUAUCUCAUGUGUACUCUGCAUUGGAGGCGUGUUUGUUAUGCCCCCGAACACAUUGCUGCAGGAAGACUGGUCAUCUUAUACCCUUCUUGGAUUGAUGGCGUUAUUUUCUUUUGCAGGUCAAUGCUUCCUGAAUCAAGGCGUACAAAUGGUUCCUGCUGGUCUUGGAGCCUUGAUGCGUAUUUGUGACAUUGUAUUUGCAUAUCUGUCCGGAGUUUUUGUCCUUCAUGAAUACCCUGAUAGUUUAUGUGUGUCUGGUGUGUGUUUGAUUGUUGGUAUGACAACCACUUUAUCUAUACACAAAUGGCAGGUCCAGAAAAUCAGGGCACUAGAAUUGCGUAAACAACGCUCUAGAGAAAGAGUUUGA